AGAAAAAAUAGGGUGUGCUUCUUCCUAGAAACGUGCCGCCUCCCCUCUCGGCUUCUGUGGUUGUUUUCAGAGUUUACAAGUUUUGACCCGCCACGGAAGAUCUGUCAAGUCCAAAUCCUAGACCCACAUCGUCAAAAAUCCAUCUUCCUUUCCCAAAAACCCUACCUUUCUCCUUCUAGAGCCUGCCGAUCUUCUCUGUUCAAAAAUCUCAACUUUUUUCCUUCUCUGAAUCCAAAUAAGGUAAGUGAUGGAUGAUUCAAACGAUCGGCAAUAUUACAAGUAUCACCCGUAUCAGGAUCUCUACCACGUCCCAGCUCAAAGCCUGUAUAAUUUGCCCACUUCUCCCGAGUACCUUUUUGAUGAAGAAGCUGCACAUCAGCGCCGCAGCUGGAGUGAAAACCUUCAAUAUUACACUGGAACCGGCUACUUAUCUGGAGCGAUUAUUGGGGGGGCUAAGGGUUCUUUUGACGGCAUCCGCUCCGCCGAGCCUGGUGACACCAUGAAAUUGCGGAUCAACAGGAUUCUGAAUUCUGGUGGACAUGUGGGUCGGAAGUUUGGGAACAAUUUGGGUGUUUUGGGGCUGAUGUUUGCUGGCCUUGAGAGCGCUUUGAUUCACCAUAGAGACACUGAUGAUUUGCUCAAUACGGCUCUCGCGGGGCUCGGGACUGGGGCGAUUUAUCGUGCAGCAAGGGGACCGAGAUCGGCGGCUGUCGCAGGGGCCAUUGGAGGGAUUGCGGCUGCUGCUGCUGUUGCGGGAAAGCAGCUGGUUAAGAGAUACGUACCCAUAUAAAAAUUGCAAAUUUUUAUUUUGUGUUUAUCGGGAGGGGCCUUGUUUAGGCAGAUAUGGUAUUCGAGGGUUUUUCUUAGGUGGAAAAGUUAAGUGAUUUCAUUAAAGGAUUUUGGUAUAAAUUGGUUCGUUUCUUGUAACGAGUAUUGUUGUUUCAUAAUCCAAUUCACCGACUCGGCAUUUCUUGAA